GAUCGUUCGGACCGCCUCUAUGUAGGGGACCCACAUGGCACGGUUGCCGCCGCUGGAUUCCAGUGCUUUCAUUUGUAGUUAGCGCGUAGCUUUGGAGAUCGAAGAACAAAUGGGAGCGACGUGAUCUCGAGAAGGAACGGCAAGAACACGCAAUGGCGAUAGAAAUGGCAAGUAGCAGGAGUGGUAGCAGCACUAGGGCGAGAAUGCGGGCAUUGUGGGUAGCAGUAGGGCUUGUGGAGCUCUGGCUAUGGCUGACGAGCACAGCCCACGCCCAAUUCGUCCCCAAGGACAACAUCCUUCUCGCGUGUGGCGCUGCGGGCAGCACCAACGUGAGCGGCAGGACAUUCGUGGCGGAUUCCAGCUUCGCCCAGGGCGGAGCUCCUCGAUCCGGCUCCAUCCCCACCAGCAGCGCCGCCAAUCUCUCCUCCGCCGACGAGCAGCGCCUCUACAGCACCGCCCGCGUCUUUACCCCCAAGGGCUCCUUCUCCAUCGGCGAUCUCACCCCGGGACGCCACUGGAUUCGCCUCCACUUCCUCCCCUUCUCGCCAGAUCUCGCCGCCGCCCUCUUCUCCGUCAGCGCGGACGAGUACCUCCUCCUCUCCAGCCAGAGCGUGGCGGGCGAGAUCCAAGCCCAGGCGCGAUCCAUCUCCUCCCCGGCGCUCCUCAAGGAGUACUCGAUCAACAUCACCACCGCACAGCUCACGAUCUCGCUCGUCCCGUCGCCGGGCUCCCUGGCCUUCGUCAACGCGAUCGAGAUCGUGUCCAUCCCCGACGCCGCGAUCCAGGACGAUGGGCAGCUCGUCGGGCAGGGCACCCAGGCCUUCCUGGGGAUGGCUCGAGCAGCGCUCCAGACAAUGUAUCGCCUCAACGUCGGCGGCGAGAGCAUCGAUCCAUCGCUCGACUCGGGCCUCUCCCGGCGCUGGAUCCGCGACAAUCCCUUCCUGGUGGGCGCGCGCGAGGGGAUCCCAGCGCCCAAGAUCGAGGACAUCACGUACCCUCCACUCCUGCCAGGAUUCAUCGCGCCCAAGUCGGUCUAUGGCACUUCGCGAACGAUGGGCGUCAGCGAUCUCAUCAACACCCAGUUCAACCUCACCUGUACGCCGUAUGCCCGGAUCUUCGACGUGUUUAUCAACCGGCUGCCCGCGGUCAAAGGCCUGGACGUGGUGGUCAAGGCUAAUGGCGCACAGACCGCCAUGUUCAUGGACUUCGUGGUUCCCAUGAACGAUGGUGGAAGUUCUAUGGUGGUGGAGCUCGGCCCCUCUCCGGGGAAUGGAGCGCAGCACAACGAUUCCAUCCUCAGCGGGAUCGAGAUCUUCAAGGUGAACAACACUCGCGGGAGCUUGGCCGGGAGUUUGAUCCCGCCGGGUGUGGAUCUCUCCAAGGAUGAUGGCUCUUCCGGGGGUUCCACUGGGAUCGGCGCCGCUGGGAUUGGCGGCGCCGUCGCUGGUGGGCUGCUGGUGAUCGGGCUGCUUGGUGCCGGGCUGUGCUUCGUCCGGCGGCGGCGCCACCCCGGACUGGCCAAAGGCAAGAGUAAGAAGAAGAAGAGCGCGUCGUGGCUGCCGCUCCACGCCGCCGGGAAUGGAAACUCCACCAGCAUCGCGAGCAAGUUCUCUACCGGCGGCGCGUCCAACAAGAGCGGCGCCACCGUCGCGUCCACCGCCACCUCGAGCCUCGGCGGUCGCUUCUUCACCUUCGCCGAGAUCUUGGAGGCGACGAACAACUUCGAUGAGACGCUGCUGCUGGGCGUGGGAGGAUUCGGCAAGGUGUACCGCGGGGAGCUCUUCGACGGCACCAAAGUCGCGGUGAAGCGCGGCAACCCGAGGUCCGAGCAGGGACUGACCGAGUUCCAGACCGAGAUCGAGAUGCUGUCCAAGCUCCGGCACCUCCACCUUGUCUCUCUCAUCGGCUACUGCGAGGAACACUGCGAGAUGAUCCUCGUCUACGAGUGCAUGGCCAAUGGAACUCUCCGCGCACACCUCUACGGCUCGGACCUCCCGCCGCUCUCGUGGAAGCAAAGGCUGGAAAUUUGCAUCGGCGCUGCUCGAGGGCUCCACUAUCUCCACACGGGAGCGGAGCAGGGGACCAUCAUCCAUCGCGACGUGAAGACCACCAACAUUCUCCUGGACGAGAACUUCGUGGCCAAGGUCUCGGACUUUGGGCUGUCCAAGACGGGACCAUCGCUGGAUAGAACUCACGUAAGCACCGCCGUCAAGGGAAGCUUUGGAUACUUGGAUCCCGAGUACUUCCGGCGGCAGCAGCUAACCGAGAAGUCGGACGUGUACUCGUUCGGGGUGGUGCUGUUUGAGGUGCUGUGCGCGAGGCCGGCGAUCAACCCGGCUCUCCCUCGCGAGCAAGUUAACAUCGCCGAGUGGGCGAUGCAGUACCAGCGGAUGGGAGCGCUGGAGCAGAUCGUGGACGCCAACCUCAAGGGGCAGUGCUCGCAGGAAUCGCUCCAGAAGUUCGGGGAGACGGCGGAGAAGUGCCUGGCGGAGCAAGGUAUCGACAGGCCGGCCAUGGGAGACGUCUUGUGGAACCUCGAGUAUGCGCUCCAGCUCCAGGAGGCGUCGAGCGGGGAUAGCAGCGGGAUGAUACUGGAUCACUCGGCCACGCGGGCUGGAGACCAAAUGGAAGUUCCACUCCGGUCUUCUGCGGAUCACCAGGCCGACUACCACCGCCGGUUGGGAAGCGAGGACGAUUUCGAGGAUGCCAGUGCCAGCGCGGUCUUCUCGCAGCUGGUGAAUCCUCAAGGGAGGUAAAAGCUUGGAUCUUCGCGUAGCUUGACUUUUACACGGAUCACACAAAGUUUCUACGACAUGAUCAGAGGGACGAGCUAGAGUAACGGCCAGGCAGCCGGUCGCUGUCAGGAAUUCAUGCGAGAAUAACGAGAAGUUUUAACGGGAUGGGACCACCUUGAACUGCAUGCUUCCUCAUUUUUUUCUAUACAGUUGUUGACUCGUAGAUUGUUUAGUACCUACAUCCUAUUGGAUUCAAGCUGGUCUUUUCUUUGGUUUUGUUC